AUGCUUGCCCGGGCAUCUCAGGCAUGCACUGCCUGUGCAGAGGACCACCUCCGAUGCGACGAGGAGAAACCGUGUAAACGAUGUCAGCGAAGGAACAUCCAGUGCAAGGCGCCCCCGAAGCAAGUAGAUGAGUUUAGCGCUUCACCCACUAUCCCUGAGACGCAUCAUACAGAUGGUGGUGACCCAAGCUCUUUGAAUAAUCCCACUCUUAAGCCUGACAUCACAGACGAUCGACUGUAUCAAAUAUCUGCCAGUCCUCUAGCAGAAAUGCCAGCAGGCGACAUUUGGCCCCAGGUCUCGUCUCACCAUGGCCCAACUGAUUCGGUAAUCGAUGUCUCGGCGUCACUUACGAAAGACUAUCCGGACCUUGUAACGCCGGGCUCAGUUGACAUGUUUGCAUCUGGUAUCUCCAUGGAUAGUUUGAGUGGCGUUAGAACGCCGAGGGGACUGAUUACUUUCGGAUUAGAAACAGACCUGGAUCUGAGCAUGGUUGAUCUCAGCUUCUUAGAAUCCUACAAUUCCCGAAUCCCUUUUCAGUUUGAUGAGCAUGAGACUCCUCAAUCGUUUUCCGGAUCCGCCCUGGGGAACUGUGCGGCAGGUACAAAUUAUGGCACACCCAAUGAUCGUUCGAUGCAGCGAUUGCGAUGGCACUUUGUCCCUGAGCCGCAGGAUCACGGAUAUGCCGAGCACAAUAAUCUAUUACUGCCCGCUGAUGCGGAUCAAAACUCGACACCAAGGAACUUCAUCGGUAUGGACAAUUAUUGUAAUGCAGAGAGCCUGGACCUUGCCUCGCGUGAUAAGAUUCUGAGUAUCUUCCUGAGUCAGAUGAAACAUCCAAUCUCUCAAGUCACACUGUCCUUUCCCUCUGUCGAGCUCUUAGAUACCCUUAUCCGGUAUUUUCUGACAAGUCCGACGUCGAAUGCCAAAUCGUGGAUCCAUCUUGCCACAUUUACCCCGAAACAGGCCCGGCCUGAACUCUUGCUUGCAAUGGCAGCUAUGGGAGCUGUAUUAACGCCAGAUCCUUCACUGCAGAAAUUGGGUUUUGCAAUGCAGGAGGUCGUCCGUCACCAGCUUCCUGUGGUGUUUGAGAGCGAUAAUACCAUGAUCAAUAACCUUGACCUGUUGCAGGCAUAUUUGCUUUGCUUAGAAACUGGCCUCUGGAGCGGCAAUAAUCGAAAAAUGGAGAUCUGUGAGAGCUCUCGCCUACCUUUGGUCACAAUUCUUCGGCGUCGAGGAUUAUUCCAUUAUUCAGCAUAUCCACCUGUCCUCAUUAGCUCUGAGGAUGCAAGUGAUCACCUCGAUAGUAAAUGGCGUUCCUGGGUGCAGCAAGAAUCUUUCAAACGGCUGGUCUAUAAUUUGCUGCAACACGAUGCCCAAUUGUCUAUGGUUCUUUUCACAAAUCCGUUGUUAUCCUACGGUGAAACCUCACUUUCUGUCCCCUGUUCUCGCGAUCUUUGGGCUGCAAGCUCCGCUCAAAAGUGGAAAGAAUUGUACUGUGCACGCUUCGCUAUGGGCUCGACACGGAUCCCAACCCUUCUGGAGUGCAUUGCAAAUCUUGAUCUUCUCGAAUGCAGUAAAGCUGUGGCAGACACAGCACUUGCAUGUUUAUCUAUACUCUGUGCCAUGUGGGGAAUGGUCUGGGAAUAUCGACAGUUCAACAUUCUGCUGGCGGCGCAGUCCAGGUACUGGGACAAUGGGAUCCUGAUGGUAUCCCGCUACCAGGAGCUUGUGAAGAUGCUGAGGUAUUUUCAUAUGGGAUACAAAAAUGAAAGCACGCUCCAUUUGAACCUUAUCCUAAUGCACAUGCACAUGUCACUCGAGGAUGUGCAGAUUCUUGCCACGUUGGAGGAUCCCAAAAAGACCUCAGAGUUUCCUCCGUCGAUCCAUUCCUGGUCAAAAAGUAAAGAAUGCCGACAGGCACUCUGGCAUGCUGGACAGGUUAUCCGAGAGCUCAAAACUCUUCCUUCGCAACGUCUGCGGGACUUUAUGGCCGUUGCCCUGUACCAUGCUAGCUUGGCUCUCUGGGCCUACGGCAUGGCGAUUUCCCAUGCAACUGAAGAUAACGCUAUGUCCCGACCGAUUUCCACGAGUACGAAUAUGGAGAACAUAAUAUGGCUCGAUGGCGAUGAUACCGAUGGGGUGCAUCGCUAUAUCGCUUUAGAGCGUGGCAUUCCUGCUUUGCAUGGAGUCCAGCCGCAUAUAACCGCUGCUUCUCUGGCCGACCCUGGCGCCAUUUUGGAGCUAGUUCUUCAAAUAAUGCAUAGAAACCAUUCCGGUGAGCGGGAGCCGCCUCUGGUAGAGAACUUGGUCAGUCUCAUUGAGAAAUUACGGGACAUCAGCAAGUAA